UCAGGCGGUGCUUCUGGCUCCCAUGCCCCCAUAUGUCCUCCCAGUGCCUCUCCUGUGCCCCCGCACAGCGCUGUGGCAGCAAUGCCUGCGUCACCACAUCCCCCAUGCCACUGCACGCGAUGGCCCAUCUCCUGCUGGUGACCCUUGGCAGGCGGCCCAGGGGCCCCACGCAGCCCCCACCACUAUAAACAGCUCUGAGCAGGACUGGAGCUGACAGAGCACAGCUUGGCCAUGGAGCACCUCCGCUACUGCCUCCUUCUUGGCCUGGUCCUGCUUGGCCUCAGCCCCGCAGCCUCCAGGAAGUGUGAUCUGCAGGGCCUGUGGAGAAAUGAGCUGGGCUCCAACAUGACCAUCUCAGCCUUGGAUGUGGCUGGAACCUUCUCCGGCUCCUACCAGACAGCGGUAGCAGUCACCAACAAGCAGAUCCUGGUGUCACCGCUGCAAGGAGCCCAGCAGCCCCCCGGCACCAAGGGGCAGCAGCCCACCUUUGGCUUCACUGUACAGUGGCAGUUUGCAGACUCCACCACUGUCUUUGUGGGACAGUGCUUCGUGGACCGCCGUGGGAAGGAGACGCUGGAGAUGGCAUGGCUGCUGCGGGAAGAGGUUCCCUCCCGCAAGGACACCUGGAAGGCCAUCAGGGUUGGCACCAAUGUCUUCACCCGUGUCAAGUGAUGGGGAGCACUGCCUGUACCUCGCGAUCCUGUCUGCAGCACCUGGGCUCUCUGCUGCCUCCUCACUGUGUCCUGCUGCCUACCUGCUGCAUCCCUGUGCCUAUACAACAGGAGCCAAAUAAACCCUUCUGCAUCAGCAGAGCUGUACUGCAUGUGCUUCUUAUUCCCCUCCAGCUGAGCUCAGAACAGAGACAGGCAGGGGACCAGCAACCAGGAUGCACUUGACUGGGGGAUGAGUACCUUCUCUGUACUGCAGGCCCUCCAACAAGCAUUGCUUGCAGCACAGCAUACUCUUUCAUGAUAGCAGAAUAAAUCCUUAGUGCCAGUGGGCAGGGCAGGGCAGCAUUUCAGGGCAGUUUUGGAGAGAGCAGGGAUAGCAGCAGUGGCUGGGGGACAAAACUUUCCAUUGAGUACCUGCUGCUGCCAAUAAAGCAUUCUCCUU